AUGUCCAAUCCAGCCAAGCCGCACCCUCUUCCACCACCACCACCCCGACUGCUGCUCUCUAUCCCGUCACUUGGCGGCGGAGCCUGGAGAGGGGAAACGAGCUCAGUGUCUUGUCACUGGUUGAUCAUCGGUCAGAGCUGGCGUUCAGGCCUCUACGAUUGGCUGCUCUUGGGCAGCGUCUGCACUCAGUGCUCUGCGAUUGGCUUUGCUGGGCCUGAGCCUGCAUUCACAAAGCUACGAUUGGUUGCUCCUAGAUCGAGGGAGAGAGGCAGACACACGGCGGGCUCUGAGCCCUGUGAUUGGUUGGUUCUGCAGCAGCAGCUAGUUCUGAGAACGCUGAUUGGUGACUGGCCUCCCCGCCCCCAUGCGGUGGACGUUGAUCUGUUCCUCAGUGGGCACGAGCUCAAUGUUUCUGGCAUUUUCUGCAUCAGUACCUGGAGACAGUUAAUGCAUGAAGGAGUCAGCCAGCCUUGUGUCCCUUCACCACAAUGCUAUCGCUGGAACAGAGUCACCAUCUUUUUGUGCCAUGUCGCCUCCACCAACGCUGCCACCACGAGACAUCACUGGGCAUAUCUUAUUGAUGCUGUUAAGUCUGAACUGGGCCCAAACUUGACCUGUCAACCCAAGCCUGUGCUGCAGUCCAACCUUGCCUCCGCCACCGCCAAGAAGAAUCCGAAAACACACCACACAUCCACGCUGGACUUCCACUACCCGGCUAAUGAAACUGCUCUUAAUAAGAACGUAAAUUUAAAGAAAAAUGAAGAAAUAGGAAAAGAAAGAUAAGCAGCUGGUACAGACAAGCCCGAACUCGACCUACUCUGUCGCCACCGUCUUAAACUAGGACAUGCUGUCAUGGCAUCAUGAUGUUUGAGGAUACCUUAAUGUCUUUUUAAAAAUUCUC